AUGCUGAAAGUUCGUUUAUUUCAUGACAACUUAGUGUAUAUCGGCACUCCAAUAUUCGCAUUAUGGUCUACUCUGAUUUCGGCAAAACUUAUUGUUAUAGCUUAUCGAUUGAAAUUUCUAAAAGUCGAUUAUGAAAUAGGAGAGCAUAUUACUCUAUGGACUGAUAAUCCUGAUAAAAUGUUGACAGUCAAUUCCACGGAAGGCUUGGAGCCUUUGAUGCUCGGAGGCUUUUGGGUUUGGCAUUUCGGAUUUUCAGUUAUGUUUGGAUCAUUUGUAGUAGUUGUCGAAAGGGUUAUUGCAUCGAUGUUGAUUGACAACUAUGAACUCAGUACUGACUUAUACAUCCCUAUAAUUCUUAACACAGUUUACCAACUCUCGACUAUUUCCAUUUCCAUCGCAUUAGUUUUCAACAAACUUGGAGAAAUUGUACUGAAUGCAUCGUGGAUUACCUGUUUUACUAUUUCAUUAUCGAUGUAUUUUUAUAUCAAAAGAAUAAAUAAAAGAUGGCUCCAAGAAAUGGAAGAUCCUAAUCGGAAGCGAGUUUUUACAGUUUCUCAGAGAUUCCAAGUAAGAGAAAAUUUGAGAGCACUCGCAUUCGGAAAACGAAUCGUUUUCACCGUAAUGGGCUCUCUGAUAUUCUGUGGAAUUGGAAUGGUUGCUCUUUCUCAUGAUAUUGUACCCGCAUUUCUACUUCACAUCGGGGAGAAUCUUCUGUUUUGUCAUCCACUAUUCGUUUGUGUCGUGACAAUGUACGGUCAUCCUUCAUGGAAGUCUCGAUUCAAAAGAUCAUUUCCGAGAAUUCAUUUCUUGAGGAAACCACCGAAUCGAGUUGUCAGUGUAGAGAUAAUGGAGGAUAAUGUGAAGAAGUUGUCCUUAGAAACGGAUAUUUAUUUUAAGCAAUUGAAGGAUUCUUGGAUUUGA